CAGCAGCACAUCAUUCGUUCUUUACCAAAGCCCACUACUGUCAUUCUUUACCAAAACCCACAAGAACAUACCAAAGUCUAUUCUUUCCCUUCCAAUCUCCUUUAUCAAAUACCAUCAAGCACAAUGAAGGCCUCCUUUAUCACUCUUAUUGCUGCUCUGGCCACCUCGGCCCUCGCCGCCCCUACCGGUGGUGUUCCUGGAGUCUCCGAGGUCACCAAGACUGUGAACAUUGGUUCCGUCUCCAGCAACGUGAUCUCCACUCCCAGUGCCAGUGCUAGUGCUGGGGCUACCGGCCACAUUGUUCAGGAUGCUGGCAAUGGUGUCAACCAGGUCCUGACUGUUACUGGCGCUGACGCCAAGAAGCUCCUCGUCCAACUCAGCCCCGAGGUUGCCAAGCUCCUGUCCGGCCUGGGUCUGCCUGGCCUUGGAUCCUCUGUGGGUUCCAUUAUCAAGACCGCUGCGUCCGUGACCGACCUUCUCAAAGAUGUCGGCAAUGUCGUCGACGGCCUUCUCACUGUUGUCGAUAAGGACGGUAGGGCUCUUCUGAUCCAGCUCGACCCCGUGGUCACUGGUCUUCUCAGCGGCCUUGGACUCCCGGAGCUUGGUGUCCCCGUCGGCUCCAUUGUCGGCACCCUUGGCGAGAACCUCAAGCGCUCGGGCGAUGAAGGGAUCGUUCAGGACCUUGCUCCCAAGGUCAAGGAUGUCCUCGAAGUCACCGGCCCCGACUCCAAGCGCCUGCUCGUCCAACUCAGCCCCUCCGUCGCCUCCCUCCUCUCCAAUCUUAACCUCCCCAGCGUUGGAACCCCCGUUGGUGAGAUCAUCAAGACUGCCGGCAGCGUCGGCGACCUUCUCAAGGACAUCUCUACUCCCGUUGAGCAGCUCCUGACCGUCGUCGGCCAGGACGGCUCUUUCCUGCUCAUUCAGCUGUCUUCUGACGUCGCCUCUCUCCUCACUGGCCUUGGCCUCCCCUCCCUUGGCACUUCUGUCGGCAGCGUUGUCGCGACUCUCGGUCAGAACCUGUAGAUUGUGAGUGCUCUUAGUUGUGUUGUUACCCGACGAAGGAGCCAGUGCUAAUUGUUGGACUUUCAGGUGCGCGGUCACGGUGGUCUGCAGUGAUGUCCUUCACAUCAGGUUUGCAUAUACUCUUUUUCUGGGGAGUCGGCCUGGUUUGAAUGCCGGCAAUGAAUAGCAACGAGAACCUCAUUGUAUAUUACUACUCAUUUUCGCCCUGUAUUGUCGAAUGCUGUUGCGGGGCGGGCAGACAUGGCUAUAUAUUUAAUCAUAGAGCUUCAUGAAUCGGUGAAAACAAUUUGUCUUCCUGUGCUUGGUCUCUUAGCGUCUUAAUUCACGAUCGUAAUAGCCACUGGUCCGGACUGGAGAGAGGAGGAUUCAGUUGUAACCGCAGAG